UUCUCUGCCCUCUCUUUCCCUUUUAUAUAUACUAGACCAAAUAGGGAACUCUCUCUCUCUCUCUUCUCUCUCAUCUCUUGCACCUUUCUUUCACAACUCAUAAUCAAGAAAAAAGCAGAUCCAAGGUGGUGCUGGUGGUUAACCUGUCAAUCUAUCAAUCAAUCAAUCAACAAGACCAAUCAUCAGCAAAAAUUUAAAAAGCAAGUGGAAUCAAAUAUGUCCUCCUCUUCUACCUUGUCUUUGGACCACCUUCCUCCUUCCGAGCAGCUCUGUUAUGUCCAUUGCAACAUUUGCGACACUGUCCUUGCGGUGAGUGUUCCUUGUACCAGUUUGUUCAAGACUGUAACGGUAAGAUGUGGCCACUGCACCAACCUCUUGCCAGUGAACAUGCGUGGCUUGCUUCUGCCUUCAGCUAAUCAGUUUCAUCUGGGUCACUCUUUCUUCUCUCCUUCCCAUAAUCUCCUGGAAGAGAUACCAAAUCCAUCCCCAAACUUCUUGAUCAACCAAAACAAUGGCAGUGACUUCACCAUGCCUGCUCGUGGAGGAGUCAGUGAACUUCCAAGGCCCCCUGCCAUAAAUAGACCUCCAGAGAAGAGACAGAGAGUCCCAUCUGCAUACAACCGCUUCAUCAAGGACGAGAUCCAACGCAUCAAGUCUGUAAAUCCCGAUAUAUCCCACAGAGAAGCCUUCAGUGCUGCAGCCAAGAAUUGGGCCCACUUCCCACACAUUCACUUUGGUCUCAUGCCUGACCAGACUGUGAAGAAGACAAACGUGCGCCAGGAAGGAGAGGACGUCCUGAUGAAAGAUGGGUUUUUCGCUUCAGCUGAUGUGGGUGUUUCUCCUUACUAAACAAGCAAAAUCAAAGCCUCUGCGUCCAGUAGUGGUGGGAGAAAGAUUUUGAAGUUCAAAUGUUUGUCAAAUUCAAUAUUUGAUCUAAUUUCUUCAUAACCUAUUCGCAAGUUAAUUAAGGUCCUGUUAAUGUUAAAACUUCUCUGGAUUGUAUUAGAUCUUCUCUUAUCUGCUUCUCUACUUGGAAAACCUUAUGUUAAAAGACUUUAUCCUUUUAAGUUUAUGACAUCUCUCACCAAUGUAACUUGCUGCUAAUCAACUAGUUCGCCUUAUCAAUACUUUAAAUCCUUCUUUGAUGGUUUA